AACCCAUUUUCCUUAGUACUACCAACAGUCCACACAUUCUUAAUUUCUCUCUCAAAACUCAAAAUCAAUUAGUGAAAACUCAUCACCAUCAUCAUCAUCAUGAGUUCCUAUGACCAAAAGUCAACUUACGAAAAGUUCACGGCACCACCAGCUCCGGCGCCGGAGUACACCCCAACAGGGAUUCCGGUGAGCUCCUCCGCCCCAUACUACAGCGGCGACGGAAGUGGGUACAGUACAUCUCAGACUGGGCAACCCUUUCCUCCUCCACGGCCCAGAGAUCUGGUUCCAUGGUCAACUGGUCUCUGCGACUGCUUUUCCGAUGUUAAAAAUUGUUGUAUAACUAUGUGGUGCCCUUGCAUUACCUUUGGCCAAAUUGCAGAGAUCGUUGAUAAGGGAUCUACAUCAUGUGGAGCAAGUGGAGCACUGUACACACUGAUAAUGUGUGUAACAGGAUGUACAUGCUGUUAUUCUUGCUUCUAUAGAUCAAAGAUGAGACAACAACAUGCCCUACAUGAGUCCCCUUGCAACGAUUGCUUGACUCAUUGCUUCUGUGAAACUUGUGCCCUAUGCCAAGAGUACCGCGAGCUCCAAAACCGCGGUUACAAUAUGCAAAUCGGAUGGCAUGGAAAUGCAGAGGAGAAGAAUCGUGAGGUGGCAAUGGGUCCCACUCCUCCAACUGUUGAAGGAGGCAUGACUCGUUAAUUAAAUUUAAUAUUAUCAUAAAUUUUAUUAAUUCUUCUUGUGUAUUAUAUAUUAAUUAAUUAUGUAUUUUUUAUUAAAUUAAUUAUGUAUGUGCUGGGUUUAUGUUUUUUUUUUUUAAUUUAAUUACAGCUGUGGGUUGUAAUAAUUAUAUCAACGUGUAAAAAUAUGUUGCAUUAAUAAUGAAAAAAAUAGCUGUGUUCUGUUCUAUAA